UCAAAAAUUACUUUUCUAUUCUGUUGGUCAUACUGAAAAUUGCAGCUGCUCGAUUAUUUUCACACGCAAAAAAAAUUGAGCUAUUUAGUAAUUGAAAAAUCAUUGCAGAACAAACUUUAAAUAAAACUGAAUAGGUGAAUAUAAAUACAACAGAAAUAUUGGUUCGCAUACAACAAUUUCUUGGCUCUAUUACCAGCGGUGGUAUUCUCGAAGCGAAGGUCAAGCAAAGUAAAUUUGCUAAAAACGCGCAGAUACGAGCAAAACAAAGGGAUUGACGUGUGCUGUUCUACGACGGUUGUGAUGGAAUAAUUAUUGAUAUAAAAAUCACGCUGAACUGCUGACGCAAUGGAUGAUAAUUCGCAAGAUAUUUGCCGCGUGUGCCGCUGUGAGGCACAGUCGGAUCGCCCACUCUUCUAUCCUUGCAUAUGUACAGGCAGUAUUAAGUACAUACAUCAGGACUGCCUAAUGCAAUGGAUGCGUUAUUCCCAUAAAGAAUAUUGUGAACUAUGUGGACACCGCUUUAGCUUCCAGCCCAUAUAUUCGCCUGAUAUGCCGCGUGUGUUGCCAUUGCGUGAUGUGGCAGGUGGCUUAUUAUCUGCUGUGGCCAAAGCAGCCAAAUCAUGGUUCCAUUAUUCUUUGGUUGGCUUGGCUUGGUUCGGUAUAGUACCAUUAUCUGCUUACCGUACAUACCGUUAUUUGUUUCGAGCUUCAUCAUUCGACAUGAUACUAUCAAUGCCUUUCGAUGUUUUUUCUACAAACAAUUUGGCCUCCGAUGCAUUCCGCGGCUGUUUCGUUGUGACUUGUACAUUGCUUUCGUUUAUCGGUUUGGUUUGGCUACGCGAGCAGAUUUUACAUGGUGGUGGACCGGAUUGGUUAGAGCGAGAUGAUGCACCAGCAGCAGUUAAUGAAGGCGACGAACAGCAACGCCCCGAAGGGAACGUAGGUGUUAACAGAGAGGCAGCUGCUGCAGCUAAUGUCGUUAGAGAAGGUGAUGGUGGUGAUGCACCAGCACCAGACCCCGCAGCCGCACGUGUUGGUGUUGAAGUUGCUGAUGCUGACGUACAAGCUAAUAUCGGUGAAGAUAGUGACAAUGAGGAUGCACCAAUUGAUAUGCCAAUGAAUAACGCUGCACCCGCUGCUGUUGAUCCAGCAGAGGAAGAAGGUGAAAUACCGCUGGUGUUUGGUCCGCGACAACAACCUCUACCCGGCGUUGGCAAUAAUAAUGAUAACGCUAAUGCUGUGGGUGAUGAAGCUGGUGCGGCACCAGCAGGUGGUGCUGCAGCAGCAGGUGGUGGUGCCGCCGCUGAAAACGAUAACGACAACGACGAACCAAACUGGAAUCCAAUGGAAUGGGAUCGAGCAGCGGAAGAACUGACUUGGGAGCGUUUGCUUGGCUUGGACGGUUCUUUAAUCUUUCUCGAACACGUGUUUUGGAUAAUCUCAUUGAAUACCUUAUUCAUCGUUACAUUUGCAUUUUGUCCAUACUGCAUCGGCAAUUUCAUACUCAGUUCGAUGGACUUACUACAACCAGAUAAGCCACUGUUACACUUUCAUGGACUCAUCACCACACUCUUCGGCUACUGCUUCAUUGGCCUGACUUUGGUUGUGCUACAUUUCUUUGCGCGUCUAUUUCGUAUGCGACGUGUGCGCGUGCUUAUCGGUCUGUGCUAUAUAGUGGUUAAAGUGUCAUUGCUAUCUGUGGUUGAAAUCGGUGUGCUACCAUUGGUAUGCGGUUGGUGGUUGGAUAUUUGUUCAUUACCACUUUUUGAUGCCAGCAUUAAGGAUCGUAAGGUGAGCUUCAAAGCAGCACCCGGCACCUCACUUUUUGUCCACUGGAUGUUUGGUAUGGUCUACGUUUACUACUUUGCCGCCUUCAUCUCCCUACUGAGGGAAGUUUUGCGUCCUGGAGUACUCUGGUUCCUACGGAACUUAAAUGAUCCGGAUUUCAGUCCCAUACAGGAAAUGAUUCAUUUGCCAAUACUACGUCAUGUGCGACGCCUAAUUGCUUCUGCAAUGAUUUUUGGUUCCGCUGUUCUUUUGAUGCUUUGGCUACCCAUACGCAUACUAAAAACGAUUUGGCCAUCAUUUUUGCCCUACACUUUAUCAGGCGACUCUGAAGUGAAUGAAUUGAGUUUACAACUUCUGCUACUACAAAUCAUUCUUCCUGGCUUCUUUGAACAAUCACAUACACGCGUCUGGCUAAAGGGUUUACUACGCAUUUGGUGUGUAUGUGUCUCCUGGGUACUGGGCCUACGCAGCUAUUUACUCGGCACUGACCAAUCCAACACAGAUGCUAAUAAUCCAGGUAAUGGUGCAGCUGGAGCAGGAGCUGCCGCCGCUGAACCCGCACCCGAUGCUGGGGCCAAUAAUGAUGCAGCGCCAGGUGUAGCCCAGCCAAAUGCAAAUGAUAAUCCAGCAGCCAAUGCAGCCGAACAAGUAGAUGCUGCUGCACCACGAGUGCAAGCGGGACCGGCUCCCGCUUUGCCUAUACCACGCGAACGCAAUUUAGGCGCAGUUCACCAGGCCAUUAUACAACGUGAUGUGCCAGUCGGCUUUCAGCCAUACGAUCGACCCACCUUCUUCCCUUUGCGUCUCUGUGGUCUACUACUUUUUAUGUGCAUUUCAUUGGUAAUCGCUUCGGUGGUAACAUUGACAGUGCCAGUUUGGAUUGGUCGCCAAGUGAUGGCACUAUGGUCUGUAGGCGGUCAUUUCACAAAUCAAGUAGUUUCACAAACGCCUGAGGUAUCACCAAGACCACAUGAACUUUACACUGCUGCAUUGGGCACUUAUCUUUGCUGGAUCAUUUCACGCGGUGUUGCUAUUGCCGUCAACCUGUUGCCACAGGGUCGUGCUGCAGUUGUAGAUAAAAUUAAACAUUGGCUACGCGUGGGCGCCUCAUACGCUCUACCUGUGCUCAUUUUUGUACUCAUGCUUGGUGUCAUACCGCUUUUGUUUGGCCUGCUGCUUGAGUUGGUGGUGGUGAUACCGUUGCGUGUGCCCUUCUAUCAAACGCCCAUACAUUUCUUGUGGCAAGACUGGGCACUGGGCGUACUCUACACGAAAAUCGCCAUUGCUUUGACACUAAUGGGUCCCGAUUGGCAUUUGAAACGUGCGCUCGAGCGUGCUUAUGGCGACGGUUUGCGUGAUAUUGACUUGAAAUUCCUAAUACGCGAAUUGGCAACACCUGUUAUCACCUGUUUCGGUUUGGCGCUUGCCAUACCAUAUGUCAUCGCUCACUCCAUAUUGCCCUUAUUCUUUAAGAACUCUGUAACGCGUUUAGAGAUCUCACGCAUUGUCUAUCCUGUAUUCUUUAUCAUUGUCGUGGUGAUUGCCUACAUAUAUUUCGAAAUUAAACAAUUCAAAAAAUUAUAUGUCGCCAUUAAAGUGGAUAAAUAUUUGGUGGGUCAGCGGCUGGUGAACUAUGAGCAUCGCAAACGAAAACAAGAGGCUGAGGCAGCUGAAGCGGCUGCAGCAGCUUCAUCAACCACAGACAAUGCAGAAGCCCACAAAGAUGAGCCCGAAGAGGCGGCCAUUAAUGCAGCAAGCAUAUUGGAGCGUGAAGAAUUGGAAAUGCGACGGAGAGAAGCUGCGUUGGUGGAAGAUCUGGUGCGGGAUGAUUUGUUAUAAUGUCAGCAACAGCAAGAACAGCAGCUAAGUUGCUGUUCAUAAAGAGACGAAGUUUAGAAAUAUACCAACGUAUCCGUACGUGAACACCAUUUCCGAUAUGAAAUUAGAAUUUUGCGGUCAACUCCGCCUGCUUACUGAUUUUUCAAAAAAAUACGACUAAAUUAAUUUUUGUUAAGCAGUGAGUAAACAAUUAUACGCAAAUAAAGCCAUUCUAGACUCCAUGAAAUGAACGCAAUGCCGCAAAAUCUGUAUAAAAUUGCCUUAAAAAUUUAUCUCCGCAAUAAGUCUUCAAAAAUUUGAUUCUAUAAAUAAAUUUCAAAAUUUUAUAGUGCGAUACUUUCGAAACUAAUUCUAAUUUCAAUUUGGAAAUGGUUUGAUUGGGAAUUUGUAUGCGCACGAGCUAUGAAAGCUUUGUGAUUUCUAAUUAUGUACGAGCGUAUCGUGCGUAAAGAGAAGAAAAUAAGGGCGUAUAAUGUUAAUGGGGUAUACAAAAAAAAAAACAAAAAAAAAAAAA